GCGCAGAGCUGCAUAAAGUGAUAUACGCCAGGAGUAAAUCCAUGUCUCGCCGAUAGGCGGCAGUAAAGUCAUUUAAUCUGCCACUGGAUGUGCAUGAAUCGCUUCCUGUUUCAAAUACAUAAACAACACGUUUAUGCUGGAGUAAAGGUCGUCUUCUCUCUCUACCCCCGAUGCUGUCCAGCACUCUUCGCUGUCUGCGUCUCUCUUCUUUCAGACUUGUUUUAUCCAGACAGCUGGUCCAUCAUCAGCCCCACAUGGAGCACAGUGGUUCCCGUCCCGUAGAGACCACCAUACGAACCAAACUGAACCAGUCACUCACACCUGAGCACCUGGAGGUUUUAAACGAGAGUCACAUGCAUGCCGUUCCUCCCGGAUCAGAAUCCCACUUUAGAGUUCUCGUGGUGAGUCCCAAGUUCGAGGGUCUGUCCCUGCUGCAGCGUCAUCGGCUCGUGAAUGAAGCCCUGAAAGAGGAACUCAGUACCUGCGUUCAUGCCCUCGCCAUCCAGGCCAAGACGCCUCAGCAGUGGAGCAGCAACCCCAGUCUGGCCAAAAGCCCUCCGUGCCUGGGAGGAUCUAAACAUGACAGCACAAUGGCUGAGAAACUGAAGGCAGGUCGAGACUGAAUGUGCAAACACAGUUUAUCAUUUCUGAAAAAACUCUUAAAGGAUUUAUCUGAUCAUAUCUGGACCUGCAUGUAAGCAUUAAUAAACACAAUGUGUUCAUAA